UCGACUUGAGCUGAACGCCAGACGGCCGCACGAGUCGAAUGCAAAUUGCAUCCGCCGGAUUCGAUCGCGACCAGCGUUAGCAGCCAAGCCGCACUAGUAACACGCGUACGCAAGCAGCCGCAGCGGUUUCGAGAGCGCGCGUGCAGAGCCGCAGAAGGACGACACGGCGUCGCGAAGUGGAGCAGAGUUCGUGCGAGACUACACAACGACCGCUGCAACUCCGCCAUUGCUGUGCACCGCGCAAGCAGAUCGCAACACGUAAAGGAAAACGUCGAUUCCGCGUAAAUCAAGCGAAAAGUAUAAAACUGUGAAGUUGGGAAAUUCCAUCGACGUCGAUUUACGACUGUAGCCAAUCACAUAACUGCAAAACUGUCAAUCUUUUGACAGUUAGCCAGACAGAAAAAAUCAAGGUAUAUUUGUUUAACAAACUGAUUAGAAGAUAAGUUCGCGGAAUACCACGACCGGCAGCCACGACGCGAACAACUAUUUAUUAUAAAUUCUAGAUAAUUAUCGAAAAGCGUUCAAGAUUCCCGUGCCAACGCGCAACCACCAGCAGAGCGCCGCUCCCCACGGUAGCAGUCAGGGCCACCACACACGACACGCGCAUCGGGGCGGCGGCGGGGGCGGCAGCCUGAACGCACACGGCGGCGGCUACGGCCACCACCACACCAAUCACUACCAGCAUCCCGACUAUCGCCACCACCACCAUCCAACAAUGAAUCAGAACCGCAGGAAAAACCGGGGUGGGCCUCAAACUGCCAGUUAUGAAUCCAGAUCAACACGCCAGAGGGCGGUGGUAGCCGAAGGCGUAUACAAUAACCCACACUUUAUGUACGCGGCGACAUCGCAGAUAGGCAACAUAAUGCGCAUCCAAGUCGCAUCGGGCACCGUAUGGGAGGGCAUCUUUCGUACAUUCUCGGCACAGUUCGAGAUCGUCCUAGAAAUGGCGUGCAAGGUGGACAAUCCAGACUCACAUAAUUCUUCAUUAUCCGCCGAAUCGCACGUUGAUAAACUCAUCUUUAAACCGUGCGAUAUCGUCACGAUGUGCGCACGUGAAGUUGACUUGGAUUAUGCAACCCGCGAUACGUUCCAAACCGACGCGGCGAUUUCAUCACGCUUAAAUGGCGGACAGGGACGCGGUGAAGAGAAAGAAUUAGAACCAUGGGAGGGACCAUGCGCCAAUGGUCAGCUAGGAGAUGGUGGGUUGGAUUUAUUGGAGCCGGGGAGUAAUGGCUGGGAUGCGAAUGAAAUGUUUCGCAAGAACGAACAGAAGUACGGCGUGCAGAGCACGUAUGAUCACAGUCUGAGUGGAUAUACAGUACCAUUGCAGCAUUCAGACAGUCAGGAUUAUCGGGAAGCAGAGGCGAAAGCCAAUGAGAUUGCAGCCGAGAUUGAAUCGCAGCCAUCUUAUAAAUCACGACUGGAGUUGGAGAAUGGUGAUGAAGAAGAGCGCUUUGCGGCUGUUUCCAGGCCGAAUGCAGGUGGCGCUGGGGGUAAUAAUGGCGGACGUAUGGGUGGAGGUGGACAUCAUCAUCAACACACACAUGAUUAUAAGGAAUCUACACCUAGUGAUAAAUACGUGCCGCCUAAUAAACGAAAGGGCAGCCAAUCAUCAGGGAAAAUAAUGCGUAGCACACCGCCACCUAGCGGUAAUCAGGGCCAAUCAUCCCAUCAAGGCACACCACCAUCACAACAACCCGCAACGGUGAACACGCAAGCAAAUCCUAACAAUAAUCAUAAUCAUCCGAAAAAUACCGGUGGUGGUGGUGGUGGUGGUGGUAAUAAUAUACCCAUGCAAACUGCAAGUUAUGCUCCUAGCGGUAAUCAGGGCCAAUCAUCCCAUCAAGGCACACCACCAUCACAACAACCCGCAACGGUGAACACGCAAGCAAAUCCUAACAAUAAUCAUAAUCAUCCGAAAAAUACCGGAGGUGGUGGUGGUGGUGGUAAUAAUAUACCGAUGCAAACUGCAAGUUAUGCUGCGCAUGUGCAACAUUUACCACAACAAACACCCCCACCACAAGUACCACAACAAACACCUCCACCACAGCAACAGCAACAGCAACAACAAAUACCACCGCCACAACAACAGGCACAUCAAAAUCAACCACCACCACCACAACAACAACAACAACCGCCUCCGCAACACAUGAACCACGCUAGACAUACACCACCACAUGCAGGCGGACAUCCUUCUCAUGUUUAUAAUCAAUCCAUGCCACCGCGUGGGAAACAAAUGAACGGUGAUAAUAUGAACAUAGGACCUGGAGGUCCCGGAGGCGGUGGAGGUGGUGGGAUGAAGAAUAUGCAGCGUCCGCCGCGUAAUGUUUACGGCGGGAUGAAUCAGCAGUAUGAUAAGAUGCCACCGCAGCAUGUACAACACGCGCAGCAACAGGAAAUUAUUAGGCAACAACAACAACAACAGCAGCAGCAGCAGCAACCCCCACCACCGCAACAACAUCGAGACGAUAUGAAGGACCUGAUUAAAUUCUCCAAGGACUUUAAAUUGUCGAAUGCCCCGCCGGAGAUGGUGCAGCAGCAGAUGGUUAAUGUGGGGGUUAAUAUGCAAGCGCAGCAGGUGCAAGUGCAAGUGCAAGGACAGCCGCCGCCACAGCAACAGAUGCAGCAACAGGAGGUGAAGCUGCCGAUGCCGCAGCAGACACCGCCGCCGGUGUCGGUUUCGCCGAGGUUACAAGCACAUCAACAACAACAACAACAGCAGCAGGAGCAUGAAGGCGAGAAGAGUUCUACGUUGAGUAAGAGUAAACUGAAUCCAUUGGCGAAGGAAUUCGUUAUGAAGCCGUCUUAUGCUAGAUCACCCAGUACACCGACUGCAAGUAGGCCACACACACCACAAACACCGAGUAAUCAGUAUAUAACCGCAGCGGUGAAUGGCCCACCUGCUGGACAACCACAGAUGCCGCAGCUGAUGAUGCCCAUGCAAGCGAUGUAUGUCAGUCCGCAACAGUUUCAGCAACCUGUGCAAGGUAGUCGUGUUAGAAAAGUUAUGGGUCAAGUACGUACGGAUAUGGCAUCACAAAUGCAAGUGGCCGCCGCAACGGGCCAACCCCUGCUGGCGCCGGCGCCCAUGCAACAAUUUGUCUAUCCGCAGGGUAUAAAUCCGCAAGCGUAUCAACAAAUGCACAUGCGCAUGGAAGGUUAUCCACCUAUACAAUACAUCCAACAACCCAACCCAUCGCAAGCGCCAUCUCCUGCACAACAACAGCAGUAUGCUCAGGCUGGCGCACCGGGUGCACCUGGACCUGGCCAGCAGUAUCAGACGGCUGUGCCGCCACCGCAAGGCCCGCCACAGAUGUACCCGCUGAUGCUGCCCGCGCAGCCGCACUUGAUGCCGCAGGGCAUGUAUCAUCUCCCCCAGCAGGCACCGCAGACGAUGCCGUUGUUGAUUGCCAACCCGCCGCAGCCGCAUCAGCACGGCCCGAAUCCCUAGCGCUAGGGGCACGCCCCCGGCAAGCAGGCGCCGCAAACGCCGACGCCUGCCGCCGCCGCCAUUGCUGUCGUCCGCCACCACCAUCAUCAUCAUCAUCAACAACAUCAAGCGGCGGCACACGCGCAUUUGACGCAUGCGCAUCAUCACCACCACCAUCAUCAUCAUCAUCCACAAACGUAUCGUCCACAAUAAACAAAAAAAUAAUCCUAUCUUAAUCCUUGAAUCCUUUUCUUGUAUUCAUUGCGCAUGCGUCAACAUCAUAACAACAUCAUAAGUAAUCAUACAGUCACAUCAUUCCGAAGCGUGUCACGAAGUGAAUCAUGUAAAUGCAGAGAUGCAUAGGUGCCUUACUCUCUCGUACGAGACGUCAUCCGCCAUGUUGGCCGAAACGCUUUUGUUUUGUUUCUCGUCUUUUGGUUUCAACACACACACAUGCAUACAUACAUACACAAAACAUUUAUCACGAAGCGGCAGAGAGUGGAGGAUGUUUCAAGUUUAAAUUAACCGGCACAAACAAAACAAGCAAGUUUCUUAGCAAAUUGUCAAAUUGUUAUAGUUGUAUAAUUCUAUUGUUCUAUUGUUUUUUUCCAAAAACUUUUUCUGUUGCGAAUCGUUUAUGAUGUUUCAACGAUUAUCCUUGCUAAAAAAAUUGGUACAGAUGCAAUAACAUUCAUUAUCAGCAACAA